CUGUGUUAAACUGGCUUUGAAAUGGCGGUUGUACGCUGUAUGUCUGAUAUUGAUUCGGGGUGCUGAUUAUCUGAUCCUCUUUUUGUUUAAAAACAGCAAAACUGACUCAAGAGACUGGUGAACUCAGCAGAAACGGAACCUACAGGGAGGAUGGAUCAUUCUGAUGUUGUUUAUCUGGUGGUGUGGCUUAACAUUCGUCUUUGCCUUCCGAUCACAGUUCUGGUCAUCGCGUUGUGCUGCAUGGUUCGACUAGAGAACAAUCCCUUCAUCAUCUAUCUGAACCUUCUGGUCUCUAAUCUGAUCCAGUUUGGCUGUAUGAUCAUCUGGAUGGCCAAAAAUGAUGAGCUCUCCAUUUUAUCACUGACUUUGUAUUACUGCAGUGUGAUGGCCAGUCUGGGCUUCAGAAUCUGCAUUAUUCUGGAGAGGUAUGCUGUGAUUUUCCCUGCACAGCUGCAGGGCAUCAGACAACCUAAAAGUUCUGUGUUGAUAAGCUUCAUAGUUUGGGGCAUUUGCUUAGCACCGGUUGCUUUUCUCUAUGACUAUGUUUUAUCCAUCUUUGUUUUUGUUGUUUUUGUUUUGGCCAUCCUCUCUAUCCCCAUCAUGGUUUUCUGUCUUGCUCGCACCCUCAGUUCUCUUCCUGCUGCAGCCUCUGUUCCCACAGAGGAGAAACGCAGGGUUGUAGGGGUUUUGGUUCUCUUGUUUAUCAGUUACACAGAGAUGAUCGUCUCCACAGACGUUUGGUCUGUUUUAAUGAACAGGAGGUUUUUAAGCUACAUGUCUGACUUUAAUGUAAUUGUAUACUCUUUUCUCUUAAAUCCUUUUGUGGACCUGAUUCUGUUUGUUUUCAUGUGUAAAGGACCCAUUGAUAAACUGUUAGCAUACCUCUCCAGCUGCAGCAUGAAAAAUUGUGCAGACAAAGUAAAAGAGGAAAACCAAGAGGAAAAAUCAUGAUGGGCUCAUUUAGGCAGUGAUAAAUACAUAUCAGUUAUGGUAUUUGAAAAACAUAAAUGUUAUAAAGUGAGUUAUGAAAACACAGAAGCAUUUUUUGUCUUUAAAUAUAUUUUUAUUUCUAUAUUUGGGAUUUUAUUAUUCCUA